AAAACUCACUCUCUCACAGAGAGAGAGAGAGAGAGAGAGAGAGAGAGAGAGAGAGAGAGAGAGAGAGAGAGAGAGAGUCAUGUAUUCCGUCUCUUCUUCUCCAGCAAAGACUUUGUGGCCCCAGGAUGUAGAAACUAAGAACCCACCACCAAUAAUUCGGCCACAGAACUUCCACAAACCUGCUUUGAAGGUGGUGGCGCAACGGCCCCAAUCAAGGAAAUUAAUACCACCAUCUUCAUUUUUACACACAAACAAUGGAUCAGGUGAAACAUUCAAAUCACUUGCAUCCUCUCUCUUCCCCAUCUCUCCUCUCUCCAACAUGUUGCUCCCUUUUCUUACCACUUUAGCCUCUUAUCUUACCAAGUCACCACCACUCCACCCAUCGGUUGACCCCAACUUCGUGCUAACUGGGAAUUUCGCCCCAGUCGACGAAACGCCCCCCACGGAGUGCUUGGUGGUGGAGGGAGAGCUCCCGUGCUCCCUCCACGGAGUUUACAUUCGCAAUGGCCCAAACCCGCAACAUCAACCUCUGGGGCCUCACCACCUCUUUGAAGGCGAUGGCAUGCUCCAUUCUAUUUUGUUAUCACAAGGGCGUGCCAUAUUUUGUAGUCGGUAUGUCAAAACAUACAAGUAUAAUCUUGAGCAUGACACCGGUUUUCCUAUGAUCCCGAAUUUCUUGUCUGGCUUCUAUGGCCUCGGCGACGUUGGUCGUGGAAUUGUUGCCCUUGGAAGGGCUAUGACGGGCCAAAUAAGUAUAACUAAAGGAUUUGGUUUGGCCAAUACGAGUUUGAACUUCUUUUGCAAUACUCUUUUUGCCAUGGUCGAAACCGAUCUUCCGUACGCGAUUAGGAUAACCGAAGAAGGCGAUAUCGAGACGAUAGGGAGACAUGAUUUUGACGGCAAGGCGCCGGUGAACAUGACCGCUCAUCCCAAGAUGGAUGAAGAAACCGGGGAAGUGUUCGCGUUUCGAUGCUUCCCCGUAGUCCCUUACUUGACAUACUUUCGAUUUGAUUCCAAUGGCUGCAAGGAAAAGGAUAUUCCCAUAUUUUCCAUCAAUAGCCCAACUUAUGUCCAUGAUUUUGGGAUCACUGAGCAUUAUGCAAUAUUUCCGGAUAUUGUUUUGGAGAUGGCUCCGAUGGAUAUGAUCACGUUGCAGGGUAUGCCGGUGAGGUGCCGGCCUGACAAGGUGCCUCGUAUCGGAAUCAUUGACAGGUAUGCGACAUCCGAUUCAGAAAUGAGAUGGUUCGAAGUGCCUGGGUUUAAUGCUUUGCACAUCAUCAAGGCAUGGGAGGAUGAUCAAAGUGGCAUCAUCAUUGUUGCCACCAAUGCUUUAAACAUUGAGAACUUCUUCCACAACUUGGGCAAGGUUCACUUCUCCUUAGAGAAACUAAGAAUCGACAUGAAAACGGGCAAAAUUACUAGGGGUGUCCUCUCAAAGAGAAGUCUAGAAUUAGGAUCCAUCAACCCUUCAUAUGCUGGUAAAAAGAGCCGGUACGUUUACAUGGCGGUAUGUGAACAAGUUCCGAAGAUGUCAGGUGUGGUGAAGAUUGACCUCGAAUUGGGCUGCGAAGUAGCAUUCCGGAGCUAUGGAGGCGGUUGCUUUGGAGGGGAGGUAUUGUUCGUUGGGAGGGAUGCCGAGUGUGACGAAGAUGAUGGUUUUGUGGUAUCAUAUGUACACAAUGAGAGAGAAAAUGAGUCACGGUUUGUAGUGAUGGAUGCUAAGUCUUCAACACUUGACAUUGUGGCAGCAGCGAAGUUACCUGGAAGAGUGCCUUAUGGUUUUCAUGGGAUAUUUUUGCGAGAAAAGGAGCUUCAAAUAAUGUAAGAAAUGUUUGGUUGCCGUCAAGGCGUCAUAUUUGCCUCGGCUUUGUAUAUUUCAUUCCAAAUAUUAAUAAAAUCUUUUCUUUAUUGAUCAAAAUAAA